GGCGCCUCGUGCGCGUGGUUAUUUAUUUAUUUCCGGGCUCGGAGCGCUUAUAAUGGAGCCGCUGUCAGCAGAACCUUCUGCUGCUGCCGCCGCCGCCGCCGCCGCCGCCGUCCCUCCUCUUUUUUUUCCCGGCAGAUCUUUGUUGUGUGGGAGGGCAGCAGGGAUGGACUUGAGCUUGCGGAUCUCCUGCUAGAGCCGCCGCGCUUGGAGAGGGCGCCGCCGCCCCCGCGACGAGGCCCCGCCGGAGCCGGCCUCCGUCCGCCCGCGCCCCCGCUCGGUCCGCUCGCCCCGCGCCGCCCGGCAGAGUCCCCUCGCAGCGGCAGAUGUGUGUGGGGUCAGCCCACGACGGGGACUAUGGUGAAAUUCCCGGCGCUCACGCACUACUGGCCCCUGAUCCGCUUCCUGGUGCCACUGGGCAUCACCAACAUAGCCAUAGACUUCGGCGAGCAGGCCUUGAACCGGGGCAUUGCAGCUGUCAAGGAGGAUGCAGUGGAGAUGCUCGCCAGCUAUGGACUGGCCUAUUCCCUCAUGAAGUUCUUCACGGGGCCCAUGAGCGACUUUAAAAACGUGGGCCUGGUGUUUGUGAACAGCAAGCGAGACAGGACCAAAGCUGUCCUGUGCAUGGUGGUGGCCGGGGCCAUCGCUGCCAUCUUCCACACCCUGAUAGCUUAUAGUGACUUAGGCUACUACAUUAUCAACAAACUACACCAUGUGGAUGAGUCAGUGGGGAGCAAAACGAGAAGGGCCUUCCUGUAUCUUGCUGCCUUCCCUUUCAUGGAUGCAAUGGCAUGGACCCAUGCUGGCAUUCUCUUAAAGCACAAGUACAGCUUCCUGGUGGGCUGCGCCUCCAUCUCGGAUGUCAUAGCUCAGGUUGUUUUUGUCGCCAUCUUGCUUCACAGUCACCUGGAGUGCAGAGAGCCCCUGCUCAUCCCGAUUCUUUCCCUGUACAUGGGCGCCCUUGUGCGCUGUGCCACCCUGUGCCUGGGCUACUACAGGAACAUCCACGACAUCAUCCCCGACAGGAGCGGGCCGGAGCUGGGGGGAGAUGCGACCAUAAGAAAAAUGCUGAGCUUCUGGUGGCCUUUGGCUCUCAUCUUGGCUACACAGAGAAUCAGCAGGCCUAUUGUCAACCUUUUCGUUUCCCGGGACCUUGGAGGCAGUUCUGCGGCUACGGAGGCAGUGGCAAUCUUGACAGCCACGUACCCCGUGGGUCACAUGCCAUAUGGCUGGUUGACGGAAAUCCGUGCUGUCUACCCUGCUUUUGACAAGAAUAACCCCAGCAAUAAACUGGUUAGCACCAACAGCACGGUCACCGCGGCCCACAUCAAGAAGUUCACAUUUGUGUGCAUGGCGUUGUCGCUAACGCUCUGUUUUGUGAUGUUCUGGACCCCCAACGUUUCCGAGAAGAUUUUGAUAGACAUCAUUGGAGUGGACUUCGCCUUUGCCGAACUCUGCGUCAUUCCUUUGCGCAUCUUCUCCUUCUUCCCAGUGCCAGUCACCGUGAGGGCCCAUUUCACCGGGUGGCUGAUGACACUGAAGAAGACCUUUGUGCUGGCCCCCAGCUCCGUGCUGCGAAUCAUCGUCCUCAUCACCAGCCUCGUGGUCCUGCCCUACCUGGGGGUACACGGAGCCACCCUGGGCGUGGGCUCCCUCCUCGCAGGGUUUGUGGGAGAAUCCACCAUGGUCGCCAUAGCAGCCUGCUACGUCUAUCGGAAACAGAAAAAGAAGAUGGAGAACGAGUCGGCCGCGGAGGGGGAGGACUCAGCCAUGACGGACAUACCUCCAGCAGAGGACGGGGCAGAAAUCGUGGAAAUGCGAGAGGAGAAUGAAUAAGGCCCGGGACGCACGGCUCUGCAAGGACUUUGGUGAUGGGACUUCAGUGUCAUCUCCUCUCCCAUUGCGUUUUCUGUUUGGGUUUUGGUAACGAAAGAGGCCUUGAUUUAAA